AUGACGUCGACUUGGACUUUCAGGAUGAAAGCAUACGUAAUCGCCGCAGCGUUUGGCCUGAAGUCAACAACUGAUCGCUGUGCCGCUGGCUCCGUUCGAGGCAAUAACCGCGAAUAUUCCCUCAGACCUAAUAUUCUCUUGGACCCGAAAUCUUUCCCUGACAAAACCAAUUGCGCGUCUCAACAUUCCCCUGGAGAUAUUUUUUAUCUUGAGCUUUAA